UCGCGCGGUCUUUUCUGGUUUGCCCGAUUGUAUUUCUCGCGCGGGAAUUUCCGAUUCGGUUCCUCUUCCCGCUGAAUGGCGGAUAGGAGCCGGCGGGGACGGCUAUCUUGGAGGGAAGAUGGCCGUGUUCGCGGCCGCUACUGCUUCGCCCACUGACGGGGCUGCUCAGUCAUGUACUAAACGGAAGGAAGGCAAUCUUUCCAUUAAAGCAAUUACCAGCUAUUUUUCUCCAUUGGGGAAAAAUGUUGAGAGCGCGUUGUCACCACCAAAGUCUAAUAAUAUAAUGGAUUAUUUAAGAAAACCUCCUAUAAAUGAGAAUGCUCCUUCACCUCUACUGGAGCAAGAAAGCAAAGCAAACUCAAUAUCACUGGAAAAUUCUUCAAAGCCUCCAUCAAAACCUAAGUGGAGAGGAAAGCGGAAUAACUUAAAUAAUAAAUUAAAAACUGAUAAAACACUUGAGCCUGAGCCUUUGGUAGAAGUGAAUAAGGAUAAUGAUAAAGAGACAGCCAAUCCACAAGAAGAGAACUGUAAGCCUAGUUUCAUGAAUCACAAUGAUAUUGCGUUGAUUAGCCUCACAAAUGGGGAACAGACAUUAAAUGUUUGUAGUGAAGGCUAUAUCAAUAAAGUUAGCUAUAAGAAUGAGGAAAGAAAAACUAAAAUAGAAGGAAAUGUAGUAAAAAGCAAUGCUAAAAAAUUAAAAAGAAGGAAGCCUAAGAAUGACAUGGAUUUGUUUGAAAAUUCUACCACUGAAACACAGACAAAGGAUUCACAUAAAGAAACUAAUAAACAAAUUGCGUCUGUCACUGAAUCAGAAAAUAAAACUGUAGUGCUUACUCUGGAUCCUGAGGCUAGAGCACAGAUAACACCAUACAAUACUGUCACUGUAUCAUUUGAAGACUUCUUAAAAAGCCAAGGAGAAGACGUCGAACAGAUUCCAAGAAAACAAACACCUGAUGAUUUUGUUGCCUCUGAUAAAACAGACAUUGAUCAAGAUACUCAAGAUUUACCACUUAAGAAAGUGACUGUCCUCGCCCAAAUUCAUUCUAUCCCUCCAAAAUCUCUCCGGUCCCAGAAAAUCGCCUCUAUUUUUGUAAACCAAAAAAGCAAAGCCAAAGUAAAAAAGAGUCCAGCUUCCUCAGAAAUGGAGUAUCUUGAAAAGGUGACUCAAAAAAGAAAGUCAAACGUGGUGAUUGCGGAAGAGGAGUUAGAACUGGCAGUAUUAGAAAGUGCAGGUUCAGAGACUGUGAAAUCGAAAUGCACUGCUGAAGAACGAUACCAAUUUAUGAAAGCUUUUAGACAGCCAGGAGCAGAUGUAGUAAAAAAUGGAGCUAAAAGAGGACCUAAUAAGCAGAAAGAAGUUGAAGAAAAACCAUCAAGCCACGAGCUAGAAGGGGAAGAAUGCGAGGAUGACUCUAACCAAAAAACUGCGAACAAUGCAUUGAUAGCUUAUGGUAGUGGCACUGCCCAUGACAUUACCGAAAAAUGUGAUAGCACCAGAGUAAGAAAUAAAUCCAAAAAGCGGAAGGGCAUAGUGGAAGCAAAAGAGAAUGAUUUCAAUGUUAAUGAUAACCAGAACAAUAAUGCUCACGAUCCAAUUAAUAGGACAACACCAACUGAGAAAGAAAGAGGAUUUUCUCAAAAAAGUAAGAGAUUGAGAAGACAUUGUCAGCAAAAGGGACGCCGGAGUACACCGGAAAAAGCCAUGGUUCCACAGGCUAUUACUGAAAAUCCACCAGAUGCUUGCCCUCUGCAGACCUCUACUCCUAAAACAAACCGAUCUUUUAAAAAUGACUUGUAUACGGCUGAAGUGAUAACUGAGCCCUUUGAUUCAAACAGCCCAAUAAGGAUGAAGUUCACCCGAAUUAUUAAUACCUCAGACAGAUUUACGCAGCAGAAUGUAAAGAUGAAUUCAACUUCUAGAAAUAUUUUCAAAGCAAAGAAAUUGGUUGAGAAAGCAAAGGCUGUACAGCAUAAUCGAAUAUCAAGAACCGUGGAAGAAGCGUUCCAUGUAUCUUUAAGACGCUCUUCUAGACAACGGGCUCUUGCUGAAAAGAAACAUUUAGAAAAAAUAGAAAACUCCGGGGCUCUGGAUUCAGGCACUGUUUCAGACCACAUAGAAAAUCCCAAAAAACUCCAAAGUGUAAAUGAUGUAUUGGGGAAAAAGACCAAAUUUGUGAAGGCAACUAAGAAGUCAAAUGGGAAGGAGAAAAUGUCUUUGGCAAUUAGGAAAAAAAAUAAAAAGUCUACAGAUGAAGCAGUUUUUAUCAAAUCCAGUGAAGAUGAGUCUGAAAACUCGCAAGAUGACACAGAGUUCAAAGCAAAACGUGAAUUUUUAAUGAGCGGUUUGCCAGAAUCUUUAAAGAAAAAGAUUGCAAAAAAAGCAGUGGUGUUGGAAGCAUAUUCUGCAGUUAAUUCCUGUUUUCAAAAAGUGAUCCAUGUUCAGCAGAAGAACGAUGAAUGCUUGAUGUGGAGAUUGGCACCACCGUCUUGUUCCUUCUUAACUAAGGAUGUGAAUUCUGAAGUAACUGAUGUUGCAAAACUUACUCUUUCACUGGGUGAACUCUCAGUUUUAACUACACAACUUAAUAGCAAUGAUUCUGUAGUUGUGCCAUCUGGGUGGCGACCAGUAUUUUCCAAAAUGCAGAGGGAUGUUUUGUUGGAAGAGAUUCAAUCUUUCAAUGCUCAGUUUCCAGUGAAACUAUUUUUUGAUCUACUUUUGAAAAAACAAGCUCCUCCUGAAAACAGUAAACAAGUAAAUAAAUGUGAAUCCGUUAAUUCUGAAACAAUCACAGUUGAAGUGCAGAAAGAAGGCAAAAGGAAACGAAAAACUGAAGAUCGUAAAUGCAAAAGAAAGAACCGGAAGGAAAAAUCAGAGCUUGAAUUAUCAAAAAGCCCUUCCCAGAUACCAGGUGCGAAACCAAUUGGAGCAGAAAAUAGCCUCCUAAUAGAUAUGGAUAAGGCGAAAGAAUCUGAGAUGAAGAUAACAGAAGAUUCUCAGUCUGGAUCAAAAAUCACCUGUCUUUCUGAUUUUGCAAGUGAAGAUACGCUUUGGACCGAAAAAUACCAGCCACAAAACUCGAGUGAACUUAUAGGCAACAUCGAAGCAAUUAAAAAGCUACAUAGGUGGCUGUGUGAAUGGAAAAGAAAAGCCAGUUGGGAAGAAAACAGAACACAAAAAGAGAAGAAGAACGGCAGCAAAGAUGAUUCCUCAGAGCAUUUGGACUUCAUAGACGACACAUCAGUCAGCGAUGAAGAGAACGUUUUGUGCAACACCAUGUUGCUUAUUGGACCCCCGGGGAUAGGGAAGACGGCAGCCGUCUACGCUUGUGCACAGGAGCUUGGCUUCAAGAUAUUUGAAGUGAAUGCUUCUUGCCAGCGCAGCGGAAGGCAGAUUCUCUCACAAUUAAAAGAAGCCACUCAGUCUCACCAGGUGAACAAACAAGGUGUACAUGCUCAUAAGCCAUGCUUCUUUAACCAUUACAGCGGCACUAAGUCACCAAAGAAACAGUCUCCCAGAAAAGAGUGGUCCCCAAGGAAGUUUUCAGUUUCACCCAGGAAAGUUGGAUUAAAACAAGGCUUAAUGCCCAAAACGCUAGACAACUAUUUUAAAUUAACUUCCAAACUGAAGAACCAAGAAGUACCAAGGAGCAAUAAAGAAAAUAGGAAAAGCUUAAAAACUGAAAAAAAGCCAGAGUUAAAAUCAGGAGAAAGGAGAAACAAGGAAGAAGAAUCCAGUAAUAAAUGUGCAACUUCUCUUAUUCUGUUUGAAGAGGUUGACAUAAUAUUUGAUGAAGAUAUUGGAUUUCUAAAUGCAGUAAAGACCUUCAUGAGCACUACCAAGAGACCUGUCAUUCUAACCACGAAUGAUCCAUUGUUCAGUGAAACAUUUGAUGGCUGCUUUGAGCAAAUCACUUUCAGAGUACCUUCUUUGAUGAAUGUGGCUAGCUAUCUCCAAGUUCUGUGUUUGGCCGAGAAUUUAAGAACUGAUAUCAGAGACUUUGCUGCUUUGUUAACUGUGAAUAACUGUGACAUCAGGCAGAGUAUUCUAUACUUACAGUUUUGGGUCCAGAGCGGUGGUGGUUACUUGAAAGAAAAAGGGACCAGGACAGAGAUCAAUGUACAACAGAACGUUUCCAUCGAAGAAUCAACGAGCUCGAAUUCAAAGCAACCUAUUCUUGAGACUAUUCCAAAAUGUAGUACUGGCUGCACUGAGAAUCUUCUUGGACUUAAGAACAUAUUUUUGCCUUCAGAAGAUUUGUUCUCAUUUCUUAAGCAUGAAAUCAGAACAAAGGAAGAUUGGAAUAGACUGAUACAUGUGCUCACAGAAUUCCAGAUGAGGAAUACAGACUUUACUUAUAGCAACCUUGAAAUCAUCUCAUCGUUGCCUCUUAAUAUAAUUCCAGAAGCAAUUGAAAUACCCAGUCCUGUGUGUAGCUUUAUUGCAGAAAAGGCUUCAAGUAGUACAUGCAUUGAGAUUGACUACUUAGAGGGAGCCCCUCCUGUGAAAAAGGCUAAACGAUCAAAAUGUCAGAAAAAAAUGGCUGUAUUGGACGAUAGCGAUUUAUUUGAACGUGGAUUAAAUUACUCUGGCUUUGUUACACUGUCACCUGACACAAGCACUUCAUGCUUAGAAGAAACAGGCCCAGCGGAACCUAUGAAUGUUGGCACAGUGGCACCGAAGGAUGGGACAUCUGUCAGUGCAAAAGAUUCUGUAUUGGUAUCCCAGUGUUUAACUUCCCUAACUGAAUACCUGGACAAUAUGUCUUUCUUGGAUUGUUGUUUCACUGAACCCACCCAGGCAUCAAAACAGGCCGGUAAAUAUGGAGAUUUUAUUUGGACUAAGGGGAAGAUAAAGAAUGGUCUCUCUGACGAAUUUAGUGUGGAGCAUACUGACUGGUGGAGUUCUCAAAGCUCUAGUGAACUAAAAGCAACAAUGGAGGCAUUAAGUUUUAACAAAUGCUCUAAGAGCAUUUCAAAAAUCAUGGAAAGUUGCUUGAACUGUAAUAAAACUCUCAGGAAGAAUGAACUUGAAGAACUCACUCUCUGUGUUUCAAAAGAACAAGCUGAUUUAUACUUCGGCCGGUCAGCAGCUAAUUCCAGUGUUCAUUAUAAUGCACAGAAAAGGAUAGAAUUAAUUAAAAAUGUGUUUUCCAGUACACAUUUAAAUCUUAAUAGCAGGCAAGCCAGCGUAAUGGAAUAUCUGCCGAUUCUUCGCAACAUUUGUAAAUCAGAAAAACAGAAACAACAGGGGAAGACAAAGAGGAGGUUUCUCCACUAUCUGGAAGGGAUUCAUCUUCCCAAAGAAAUUUUGAACAGCCUGGCAGCUGACUUUCCUUAAAACAGUGGCCAAGAAUAACAUUGUAAAUAGAAUUGUAUAUUCAAAAGACA